CCAAGUGCCAGGCCCGCCCUCUCCGGCCCACACAGGGCCCGUCCGCCCGGGGUUGCGCGGGGCCCGAGGCCAGAGCCCGAGGCCAAUGGGCCGAGCAGCAAUGGCUGCCCCUCUCGGCCAGGCAAAGACCUCCCCCGUCGCCAUUCGAGCCACGGAACGAUCCGGUUUCAGGCUUCCCGGGGAAGGAAAGGGGGCACAUGGCACCGGCGCUCCCCUCCGGACGCUGUUAAAAGAGCGGAGCGCGGAAGGACCCUUCCCUCGGCCUAAGUCUACAAGCCUUGGGCAGCGCGCCCGACCGGAAGUACAGGCUGAGCGGCGGCCUGACUGCAGCCGCUGCUCUCCGAGCUCCGUUGAGAAACCAGGACGAGGCGCCGCCGCCGCCACCGGCGGGAUGAAGCCGAGCCGCGCCGCCGCAGAAGCCGAGAGGCCGGCGCCUCCUGCCCUCCAGCAGAUGCCCAGGAAGGAGAAGGGGGCCUCGGCUCCCCCCAGCUGGGCCAGGCGCCUCCUGGGCUUUGAACGCGGGGACCUGUCCGGCUGGCACCGCCUUGUCUGCUUGCUGAACAGGCCAACUGAUCCCGCAGGCCUGGGGGUCUUCCGCUUCCUCUUCGGCCUGCUGAUGGCCCUAGACAUUCCCCAAGAGCGAGGGUUGAGCUACCUGGAUCACAAAUACCUCGAUGGGCUGCAAGUUUGUCGCUUCCCCCUCUUCAACUUCCUGGAGCCACUUCCCCUGGACUGGAUGUACCUUGUCUACACAGUCAUGCUGUUGGGGGCCGUGGGCAUCAUGCUGGGCUGCUUCUACCGACUGAGCUGCCUCCUCUUCCUGCUGCCCUAUUGGUAUGUCUUCUUCCUGGACAAAACCACUUGGAACAACCACUCCUACCUGUACGGCCUCCUGGGCUUCCAGCUGCUGUUCAUGAACGCCAAUCGCUACUGGUCUGUUGAUGGUCUCUGGCAUCCACGGAAGAGAAACGCUCAUGUCCCUUUGUGGAAUUACACCGUUCUUCGUAUGCAGAUCUUCAUUGUUUAUUUCAUUGCGGGCAUCAAGAAGCUGGAUGCCGACUGGGUGGAGGGCUACUCCAUGGGCUCCCUUGGGAGGCAUUGGCUCUUCAGCCCUUUCAGGUUGUUGAUGUCAGAGGAACUGACCAGUUUAUUGGUGGUGCAUGGCGGAGGGCUUGUGUUGGACCUUACGGCUGGCUUCCUGCUGUUCCUGGAUGCUACCCGUCCCUUUGCCCUUUUCUUCGUCUCCUACUUCCACUGUAUGAAUUCCCAACUUUUCAGUAUUGGCAUGUUUCCUUUCACCAUGCUGGCCACCAGCCCACUCUUCUGCUAUCCAGACUGGCCACGUCGACUGAUUGCCUGCUUCCCUGCCUGGUUCCAAAUGUUUCUACCACUUACCAAGCCUCCGCAGCGGAGUCUGGAGUGUGUUUACCUGGAAAUGGAACAACAAAGGCCCAAGGGAGCAGCUAAGAAAUUGGGGCUGCGGCAGAAGCUGGGCGCCGUUUUUACUGUUCUGUAUAUCUUGGAGCAGUUCUUCCUACCUUACUCACACUUUAUUACCAAGGGCUACAACAACUGGACAAAUGGGCUGUACGGCUACUCGUGGGACAUGAUGGUUCAUUCACGCUCCCACCAACACGUGAAGAUUACUUAUCGUGAUGGUCGCACUGGGGAGGUUGGCUACUUGAACCCUGGGGUCUUCACACAGAGCCGGCGCUGGAAGGACCAUGCAGACAUGCUGAAGCAGUAUGCCACUUGCCUCAGUCAUCUGUUGCGUGAUUACAAUGUCUCGGAACCAGAGAUCUACUUUGAUGUUUGGGUUUCCAUCAACGAUCGUUUCCAGCAAAGGCUCUUUGAUCCAAACACUGACAUCGUCCAAGCUCACUGGUCCCCCUUCCAGAAGACCCCGUGGCUGAAGCCUCUUCUCAUUGAUCUGUCAUCCUGGAGGACCAAACUGACGGAGAUUGAAAAGACGCUGGACAACCAAACCGAGGUUGUCUUCAUUGCAGAUUUCCCAGGGCUACACCUGGAGAACUUUGUGAGUGAGGACCUCGGCAACACCAGUCUCCAUCUGCUGAAAGGGGAAGUCAAUGUGGAGGUGGUCAGUUCGCAGAAGAAUUAUUCACUGCAGGAGGGAGAGAAGAUCCAGCUGCCAGCUGGGGAGUACCACAAAGUAUUCACGAUCUCUCAGGAGCCCUCCUGCUACAUGUAUAUCUACGUCAACACAACGGAGGUGGCACUUGAGCGGAAUUUCACUCAAUUUCAGGAGUUGCGGGAGAAAGUUCAGAACGGGACUGAAACAGAGCCUCUCCCACCAGAGUUGCAGCCCAUCUUGGAAGAUUCUCUGGAAAACGUGACACAGGCAGAUCCGAUCGUUGAGGCUUUCCUCCACCGCCAGCGACGCAUGGAGGAGCGGCAAAGGAGGCGCAACGCCACCCUGGCUGAGCGACUGCAGCAUUUCGUGAACAAGAAGUACUUCAUUUUCCGCAGGAGCCUCCUGAUGACCUGCAUCUCCCUUCGGAACCUGGUGCUGGGCCGCCCCUCCCUCUCUCAACUGGCCCAGGAGGUGGCCUAUGCCAACAUGAAAGAGGCUGCCCCACAAGAGACGGCCCCCCAGGGGCCUGAGCGCUCGGACCUCUGAAGUGACUCACUACCUCAACCCUCACCACUAGCCGGAAGGCCUUCCUGUGGGCCAAGUCCAGAGGGAUGUAGCCAGGCCUGAGGAGUCCCCUUGUGUUGCUUAGCCAGAGCCCCUUUCUCCCUUUCUGAGAUUGGAGGGGUGGGCUCUGAGCCAGCGUGACCCUCUCCUGCCCUAGAGGGGCUGAGCAGAGCUUAAAACCCUUGCAGCAAACGCUGCAGGAAGGAGGAGGGAGGGAGGGUUUGGUGGGCUCAGCUGGCCAGCACAAUUAUAAUCCCUCUGCGAUGGAAGGAGAUGAGAGAUCCCACUUUGAGAACAGUUGUCUUCUCUUGGGUGGGUCUCCUCAUCCCACCGCGCAGCUGGGAGAAAGGAUUUGGGCAGAGGGGCUGCUUUUAGAAUACCCUGGCGGUUCCUUUAGGAGGACUGAUUGGAUAAGCCCAGGGGGUUUCGGUUCUUUGCGGUUGAGUGGCCAGCUACGCAGCUUGUGGGCGGGAGAGGAAGGAAUGUGUGAAUCCAGCCAGGGACAGAAAAAGCAGCCCUAAUGGCUGCCUCACUCCUCCAUGGAUGUUGGAAUUCUCCCUCUCGCUCCCUGACAUUUCUGUGGGUUACAGAAGCAGAGCUUCCCCUCUAAGGCAGCAGUGCAGUCACGGUCCCCAUCCAAUAAUACCCCACACUUGAGAUCCAGGUCUAGCAACACAAACCCCUAGGGAUUCCCACCUUCUUUGGAGUUUUCUAAGAGAAAGGGCUGGCUGCAUCGCAUGGGAUUAAGGCAAGAAGAGCCUUAUUUUUCUAAUUAAAAACAGCAUUGUUCAAAAGUC